GCAAAGUUUUUGGCGCUCCAUAUGAAUGGAUUGAACCUUGGCUGAGAUCACCUUGUAGGGCGAGAAACAAUGGACGGGGACUUUGAAUGGGUGCCCGAUGUGCAGCUCAAAAGAGAAGUCUUGUCUGAUGAAAUCACAGAAUACGGAGAAUAUGGAGCAGAAUUUGGUCAGGAUAUCAAGCUCCGUGUCAAAUGCAAGCUUCAACAGGAACCAGUCGUGUGCCUUGAGAAAAUCGAUCUCACAUCAUUCAACAAUGGAACUUGUUACACCGGCGACCUCCAGAAGUCGCGGGUACCUCUUCGAGAACCGGACGUCGAUUAUCAGGGAGAACCUGAUGUCGAUCGUGAGAACAGCCAAGCAGAAUCCACUUUUCUUGAACGGAAAUACGUGACUUCGUCUCUACUGUCGGUUAUAAAAGUAGAAGAAGUAGAGGAGGCAGAGGAAGAUGAAUCAGGCAGCAAGAGCGCCAUCCUUCGUCUGGUCCUGAAACAAGAAUUGGACGCGGAAUCCUCGACGAGCCAAGCGCCCGAUUCCAUCCCGGAAAUCCAACGUGAGGACGAACCCGUCUCGAACAAAUCCCAAGGAGACGGCAGUCACCAAAAACUCGGCGGACGAGAUUCGAACGGAUGGAAAACGCCGGUUGUCCUGCUUGAAAGGCUUGAUCCGGUAUUCGUGCGUCACCAUUUGAAAACGUCAGAGUCUACCUCCAGUUCGAGUUGUUCUGCCCCGCCUUCGUUCCAGCUUAAAAAGGAGGGAGGAUCGCGUUUUGAUCCCACAUCCGUCCACAAACAUGUCUCAGAAAACCAAGGAACCGGCAGACUAUCUAUCAACGCUUCAUUAGUGUCGACCCAAAAUGAAGGAACAUUUUCCAAAAAAGAAGCCUUAGAGACAUUCACUUCAACCACGGACACGAAGAAGCUUCGUCUCACAACUUUGGAAAAAUCCUCUCCCAGCAGUAGUUUUAAUUAUCCCACUAAUACUAGCGCAAGACUGACGAAAUCCAGUCGGCAAAAUAAAAACCAACUUGGCAAGAGAAUGUUGAAAUCAGGCAUUGACAGGCAUGCUAACGGCAAUGCUCGAAUCGUUGCAUGCAGCGAGCAUUCGACUAAUGCUGUAUUGCCAUGCACCUCUGAUCAACUUCCCCCAUUAAACGAACACUCACCGCAACUUAAAUCGGGACUCUCUCCAAGCUCAUCAGUAAUGCCCAUGCCCAAGUAUGAGCGACCAUUUUCGUGCGUGCAGUGCUCAAGAAAAUUUAAAUCGCGGGCAUCUCUUCUGGGGCAUAUGCAUCGAGGCCACAGUGAAGACCGAAAAUUCUCCUGUGAUAAAUGCUCAUCAAAAUUCAUAUCGAUUUUACAUUUGAAAGCGCACCUGAAAGGCUUGCACAGCGAUAAACCACCAUUAUUCUCUUGUAGCCAAUGCUCAUCAACCUUUAAUUGCAAGAAUGGUUUACUCGUUCACUCUCGUCACGCCCACAACAGUGAUCGAAACUUCGCGUGUAGUCAAUGUUCUAGUAAAUUUGAAGUGAAAGGAGCUUUACAAACACACAUUAAGUACGCUCACAAUGAUGAACGCCCCUUCUCAUGUGCUCAAUGCUCAAGAAACUUUAAAAGCCGGAAUGCACUACGGACUCACGUUCAGGGCGUCCACAGCGAAGAUCGGCCCUUCUCAUGUGGUCAAUGCUCAAGAAAAUUUAAAUUUAACCAUUGUUUAAAACGGCACGUACAAGGAGUGCACGGUGAAGAUCGCCCCCUCUCGUGUGAUAAGUGCUUCAAAAAAUUUAAAUGGACGAGUAAACUCAGAGAACACAUGAAGUACGUCCACACUGCCGCUCGACCCUUCCCCUGCGAUGAGUGCUCACGCAGAUACAAAACAAAAACCGCUUUAAACUUGCAUCUGAAGAAAUUCCCUACCAAUGAUCGUCCAUUCUUGUGCAAUCAGUGUCCUUCCAGUUUUGCACGUAAGUGCGCUCUAAGGCACCAUAACCGCUCAGUUCACAACGAGAACCAAACCUUCGCGUGCAGUCAGUGCACGAGAAAAUAUAGAACGAAAAGCGCCAUGGUCGUUCAUGUCAAGCAAACGCACAGCAAUGAUUGGAUAACCUACUCGUGUGCUCACUGCUCAACCAAGUGCAAAUCAAAAAGCGCAAUUCAUUCACAUAUAAAGUCCAUUCACAGCACCUAUCGACCAUUCUCAUGCGACCAAUGCUCAGCGAGGUUUAGAACAGAAACUCGUUUGCAGUAUCAUACACGCAACUUACAUCUCGGUGAACGACCCUUCAUUUGUGAUCAGUGCCCGAAAACGUUUAAACACUCCGCGGAUUUGAAGAGACAUAUUGCGUGCGUCCAUACUUCCUAUCGACAUUUCUCAUGCGAUACGUGCUCAAGCACUUUCAAAUCAAAAUCUUACUUGCGGGACCAUAUUAAGUACGUCCAUAUUGGCUCUCGGUCCUUCUUGUGCGAUCUGUGCUCGAGCACAUUCAAAUCACAACCCGCUCUGAAGAGGCAUGUUUUGUUGGUCCACACUUCCGAUCGACCUUUUUCAUGUGAUACGUGCUCAAGCACUUUCAAAUCAAAAUCUACUUUGCGGGAACAUAUUAAGUACGUCCAUAUUGGCUCUCGGUCCUUCUUGUGCGAUCUGUGCUCGAGCACAUUCAAAUCACAACCCGAUCUGAAGCAGCAUGUUUUGUUUGUCCACACUUCCGAUCGACCUUUUUCAUGUGAUACGUGCUCAAGCACUUUCAAAUCAAAAUCUACUUUGCGGGACCAUAUUAAGUACGUCCAUAUUGGCUCUCGGUCCGUCUUGUGCGAUCUGUGCUCGAGCACAUUCAAAUCACAACCCGCUCUGAAGAAGCAUGUUUUGUUGGUCCACACUUCCGAUCGACCUUUUUCAUGUGAUACGUGCUCAAGCACUUUCAAAUCAAAAUCUACUUUGCGGGACCAUAUUAAGUACGUCCAUAUUGGCUCUCGGUCCUUCUUGUGCGAUCUGUGCUCGAGCACAUUCAAAUCACAGCCCGCUCUGAAGCAGCAUGUUUUGUUGGUCCACACUUCCGAUUGACCUUUUUCAUGUGAUACGUGCUCAAGCACUUUCAAAUCAAAAUCUACUUUGCGGGACCAUAUUAAGUACGUCCAUAUUGGCUCUCGGUCCUUCUUGUGCGAUCUGUGCUCGAGCACAUUCAAAUCACAGCCCGCUCUGAAGCAGCAUGUUUUGUUGGUCCACACUUCCGAUUGACCUUUUUCAUGUGAUACGUGCUCAAGCACUUUCAAAUCAAAAUCUACUUUGCGGGACCAUAUUAAGUACGUCCAUAUUGGCUCUCGGUCCUUCUUGUGCGAUCUGUGCUCGAGCACAUUCAAAUCACAGCCCGCUCUGAAGCAGCAUGUUUUGUUGGUCCACACUUCCGAUUGACCUUUUUCAUGUGAUACGUGCUCAAGCACUUUCAAAUCAAAAUCUACUUUGCGGGACCAUAUUAAGUACGUCCAUAUUGGCUCUCGGUCCUUCUUGUGCGAUCUGUGCUCGAGCACAUUCAAAUCACAGCCCGCUCUGAAGCAGCAUGUUUUGUUGGUCCACACUUCCGAUUGACCUUUUUCAUGUGAUACGUGCUCAAGCACUUUCAAAUCAAAAUCUACUUUGCGGGACCAUAUUAAGUACGUCCAUAUUGGCUCUCGGUCCUUCUUGUGCGAUCUGUGCUCGAGCACAUUCAAAUCACAGCCCGCUCUGAAGCAGCAUGUUUUGUUGGUCCACACUUCCGAUUGACCUUUUUCAUGUGAUACGUGCUCAAGCACUUUCAAAUCAAAAUCUACUUUGCGGGACCAUAUUAAGUACGUCCAUAUUGGCUCUCGGUCCUUCUUGUGCGAUCUGUGCUCGAGCACAUUCAAAUCACAGUCUGCUCUGAAGCAGCAUGUUUUGUUGGUCCACACUUCCGAUCGACCUUUUUCAUGUGAUACGUGCUCAAGCACUUUCAAAACUAAAAGAUGUUUGCAAACGCAUAUUGAGCAUGUCCAUCCAUAGGAUCUUGACCGUCUCCUGUGGCUAUUGCGUUCGGAAAUUCAAAUCUAAGAGUAAGCUUAACUUACAGAGACAUGUGGCAGAAGUCAGGAAGUCCAAAA